GAAUCGUGCAUGUGUCAGUGUGCAGUGACAGCCUGUGUUAGGGUGUGUGUGCGCUAAAAAGAGAGAGAGAGAGAGAGAGAGAGAGAGAGAGAGGGAAGGAGAGGUAGAGGGGGAGAAAUUCGCGGUGCAUUCUUCUGUGGAGGGCGAAGGGAGCAGCUUCCAUUCCACCCUCAUCGCGCACUGUUUGGAAAAUCUGAAGGCAAACACAAAGUCGCAGCGCGUUGGUCCCGAUUGGAAGUCCCCAACCUUUCGUACGAACUGCAUUUCGGGUGGAACUUGUGCCGCCUGGAGCCACCCAUGAGGCUUGUCCCUCCGCAGCCCUGUGAGGGUUGAUUUGUCCCCUGCCGAGGGCGCAGCGUUUCAUCGGCCCGGACGAUCCACAGAGUUGUAUUUUGGAGGAAUAUCGAUACAAUGGUGUGAAGGUCAGCUGACGUCCUGUUUCGUCCACCUCACAACUUUAUGUUGGGAAGAAAUUAAGAAACACAACAUGUGUUCGGCCAACGUCAACCCGCUGAUCCUCACCCUCCUCUUCCUCCUCUUACCCUGGGAUUCGAGACAACAGGCGCCCUCUAACUGUGUGAUCAAGAUGGAGCAGGAGAAAUGCAUGGAAAUGAUAGCCUCGCACGAUCCUGGGAAUGAUCCAGAAUUCGGCUGUCCGUGGUUUUGGGACAACUUGACGUGUUGGCAGCCCGCCAGGAUCGGUGAGGUGGUCGAAGUCAACUGUCCCGAACUCUUCUCUCAGUUCAUGAGUGACGAAGACUUUGAGGUGGGGAAGGUGAGUCGUAACUGCACUGAGUUCGGCUGGACAGAGACCUUCCCUUAUUACAUCGACGCCUGCCUGUACGAGGAAGGGAACGGCACUCAUCUGGACAUGUACUAUGUGUCAGUGAAGGCUCUGUACACCGUGGGCUACAGCACCUCUCUGGUCUCCCUCACCAUGGCCAUGGUCAUCCUGUGCAGGUUCAGGAAGCUGCACUGCACCAGGAACUUCAUCCACAUGAACCUAUUUGUGUCGUUCAUCUUGAGAGCUAUUUCCGUCUUCAUCAAAGAUGGCGUCCUGUACGCCAAAGAGGACAGCGAGCACUGCUUCAUACACACUCUUGAGUGUCGAGCGGUGAUGAUAUUCUUCCACUACUGCGUCCUCUCAAACUACUUUUGGCUCUUCAUAGAGGGUCUGUACCUCUUCACCCUGCUGGUGGAGACCUUCUUCCCCGAAAGGAGAUACUUCUACUGGUACAUCAUCAUUGGCUGGGGGACCCCCACGGUGUGUGUGAUCGUCUGGGCGGUGCUGAGGUGGCACUUUGAUGACAGCGGGUGCUGGGACAUGAACGACCACGCCGCCAUCUGGUGGGUGAUCAAGGGACCUGUGCUCGCUUCCAUAAUGAUCAACUUUGUGCUCUUCAUCGGCAUCAUCGUCAUCCUUGUCCAAAAGUUACAGUCCCCAGAUAUCGGUGGAAAUGAAUCCAGUAUUUACCUGAGGUUGGCUCGCUCCACUCUGCUUCUGAUCCCCCUGUUUGGGAUCCACUACACCGUGUUCGCCUUCUCCCCCGAGAACGUCAGCAAGAGGGAGCGCCUGGUGUUUGAGCUCGGCCUCGGAUCCUUCCAGGGCUUCGUCGUGGCCGUCCUCUACUGCUUCCUGAACGGAGAGUAUAUCCCCCAAGGUGCAAUCGGAGAUCAAGAGGAAAUGGCGCAGCUGGACGGUGAACAGGUACUUUGCUGUGGACCUGAAGCACCGGCAUCCCUCGCUGGCGAGCAGUGGGGUGAACGGCGGCACGCAGCUGUCCAUCCUCAGCAAGAGCAGCUCGCAGAUCCGCAUGUCCAGCCUGCAGGCCGAGAGCCCGGCCACCUGAGCGGCACCGCAGGGGACGCCGCCGCCGCCCACGCACCUGACACCGCCCGACCCGCCGCACCCACCGACCUCCCGAUGACCAGCCUCACCAACCCGUUCCUCAAUCCGUACCCCAACCCGUACCCGGACGGAACCACCAUGGAAACCCGACUCGACUCCAGUGACCCGCAACGGCCUCCAGUCUGACCCGCCCCCCCCCCCACACCCCUAAAACAUGACCCGACCUCAACGUCAGGUGCCAAAUCAUGACCCUGGUCGUGUCCCGACCUUUGACCUAGCUCAGGAGCGAAACACAAACUGGGGCCGCCUGCUCCUGAGCCUCCUCUCAGGCUUCGACGGGCAUGAUUAGGAGUUUGAGUGUAUAUGUAGUGUGUUGUCAGGCUGUGACUUGCAGAGUCUGUAUAUACUGUAUAUAGCAGGAGACCAGUUCAUCGCUGCAGCCAUCUCACUGGGAUCAUUCCAGUCCGUCUGAGAAAGCGUUUGCAUUAUUCCUCCAGUGUCAGCCUUGCCUCAAAUUGGGUUUUAGACUCUAACUGCACACUGUAUUCCUUUCUAGAUACGGACAUGAAGUGAUGGGGCUCAGUGUCAGACAGACAGCACUGGGCAAUGUAAAUAUCUCAAACGGGGCAACUGAUUUUGCGCAUGGAGAUCAGUUCGCGUGUCUCCUUGAGUUCCUACCAGGCUGUGACCCCCAAAGACGUCACAGUGAUGUCAUCGCGGGUGUUUCAGCCUGGGCUUGCAGACCACACAUUAUAAUCUGUUAAUCUAUGUUACAAACUGAGGGUGUUACUUUUGAAAGAAGGUGACAGUUACCAGGCGAGCAGGGUCUAUCGAAAACGCUGCAUCAUGGGAAGUGUAUUGUCCAGUGUUGUUGUGCUUGGAUGUUUCAGCCUCCGCUGCCAUUCAUCUGAUCGCCGUGAUGUACACAGAACACCUCCGAUGAGUUGUUUUACGUUCACAUUUAAAGAGCGAUUGUUCGCACUUACACAUUCAGUGUUGAAAAUUGAACUCGUGAAAUCACUGGUACGGACAGAGCUAUGGCCCAGCUGGUAGAUUAUGGACCCCAUGUCGUACCCAAACAUGCUCAGAUAGCUCCGUAUUAUUUCACACUACUGGCACAAGACUUUCCUUCUUGUGUGAACUGAGACUGAUAAUGGCUAUUCAAGACAACUGGGAAAAGAGAUUUCUAGAUCUUCACAUCUAACAGAUGUAACCUGAAAAAAAGCAGUAUUUAUGAGAAGGCCAUAUUUUUUACAUUAAUGUGAAAUGCCAAAAAAAGAGAGAAAAAAAAAUCCUUCCCUGGGUUAGACGAUGCCUCAAAAGGUCUUUGGGUGUUUGCUACAAACUUCUCUCUUUUAAUCAGUCGUUAAUACAGGAAAUGUCAAUGAAAAUAAACCAACGACUUAAGUGAGUUCAUUUGCAGGCGUGAAAUGGCACUUAAUGCCCAUGUGGUUUUUUUAAAACUUUCUUUGGUGGGAAUUCAGUGUUUAACUAGGUGUUUUCUUUCCUUUUUAUUCAUGAAUAGUGUGUAUUGGGCUGUUGUGGAGGCCACACGCUGUAAUACUGAUUCUCUUUGUAAAGCUGAGCCUCUUCAACAGCCUGCUGCAGGAAGUUUCAAUGUUAAGGUGUAGACUAUAAUAUAUCACAGCACAGCACUUUUUGGAAAAAAAAUGAUCAUUUAAAAAAAGAUAAAAGAAGCAAAGGCUAAGUUUGCUUUGUUUCUUUAGGCAUCUCUACAUGUGUCUCUAAAAGGGCCUUUAAGCACAAAAUAAGUAUUUUAACUUUUUUUGAUUUAAGUAAUUUCCAAACAAACUUGAAAAAUCAAGAUACGAUUAAACACAUGAGUGGUUUAAUGAAGAUGACUAAAUCAGUAUUUAAAACCCGGAGGCCUUCAAAGUACUUUAACUUGUCUUUGAAAAAGAUGAGCAGAACAUACAACCGAAUAGUGUUUAAAAUAAAGCAGCGCAGCAAUGUAAAAAUGUACAGAAUAGUAUAUAUUGGAAAGAAGAAAAUACAUAUUUUGGUUGGUUUUAGUUUGCAUUUUUGUUCGGACACAUGCUUAAUUUUUCUUAGUUGCUGGACUGCAAAAAGUUUCAUGUACCUCAACAUAAGAGACUUUUCAUUAUAAUGCUCUACACAUUCAUAUUUCUAAGAGGCUGUAUUCAUGAUUUUAACCAAAUAUGACUUACUUUCUAAUUAAUGUAAGAAGAGAGCUCUUUUGCAAAACUAGUAGAACCUUAAAACAAAUAAUUACUAUUUCUUUGAUUAUAAAAUUGUUGUUCUUUCUUUUCUGGAUACACACCAUAUAUGACUGAUAAUUAUCAAAAUAUAUGUGCUAAAUUUAAUAUAUGGUUUUGUUUUCAGCUGACAAAAUGUUAAUUAAUACUUUAAUUCACUUUAAUUCAAUAUCUUUUUUUCAGGUUUAUUCUAAAUAUUAAAUUUAAAAAUAAAGAAUACUGUGUCCUAAAUAACAGCCGUACUUCUAGAUUAAAAUGUAACCAAGCUCCAUUUUUACCUUGAAACGUGAUCAUAAAAACCUUUGAUAAUAAGACUUUGAUUCUGUGUGCAUUGUGCUCUCUAUAGACACUCAUAAAUAAUAACUGAAUAACAGCACAAUAGAGAAAGUUUAACUUCCAAAUUCCCAGGUACAUUCAGCAUGUUACCACUUGGUAACUCUAUGAUUCUUUGACAUCACUUCAGUCCCUACACCGAUACUGGGAUAGACUGUAGAUGCUUAAAUCUGGAAUAAUACAUGUGCCAUACCCUUCACUUUCAACCAAAAGUUGUCACAUAUUACACAUAGUUUUACAUAGUUUUAGUGUAAAAGCACAGCUCUUGGCCUGCAAACUACCAAAUCAACUUAUUUGUGCUGUGUGUAGUCACCCGAGUUAAACAAAGACGGGUGGUCCUGCUUCAUCUUGUGAUGUUUUGGGAAAGGGCCAGACAAGCACCAUCUCCACUCUGGUCCAGUUGAAUGUUGAGUUCAUUUCACACAUUUUGACAAUCUCAUGAGCAUAAUUUUGUUGAUAUAUAUGAAUAUGUUAAUUAUUUUACUUUAGUGUUAAUAUGGAAGUUGGAGCCUUAUAUUGCCAGUACGAUGUUGAUGUCCGACAAAGAAGUUCCUAUUACUAUUAUACAGAUAAAUAUUCAUUACAGUGUCUGAACUAUAAAGUAGUUAGUUAAAGUCCUUUUAAGGCGCUGUAGUCCACCUUUUGUGACUAAAUAAACUGCAGUUUAAAUGUGCGAGACAGAAACAAGCUGCCAACGUUGUACCUUGUAAAUGGAGUCUGUUGUGGUUCAAAGUGAAAAACGCUGUGAUUGUUUUAAUAUUUUUAAAAAAAAGAUGAUUUUUCUUAAUGGUGAUCGUGUUUGCUGAAAGUAUAAAGCCUCCUGAAAUGCCUUCUGGACGCUCUCGUAGGCUGACGCAUGCGUGUUGAACCGUUUUUGAUCUCGUUUGGGCGGCAGAUGUAAAGACAAAGGAGAGUGAAGGGAAUCGAAGUGGUGAAGAAGUGCUUGUUUACGAUGAGGCAACUAAUAAGCUUGAACAUGAAUAGUGGGUUUUAACUGUGAACAAUUUGUUGAAUUGUAGCUCAAGUCCCAUCCGGACACAUUGAACGCUUUUCCUUUGAUUGUUGAUCUUUGUAGACAUGAGGAAAAGUAAAGUGCCAUAAAAAACUGCUAAACCUUCUUUGUUCUUAAUGAUUUUUACUGCAUAGCGUGACAAGAAUACUGGUUUAAAAUGUUACUCCUUUUUUUCUGCUUUUCAAUGGUGUUUUUUUUUUAAAAUUGUAUUGUGCUUCAUUUUACCUGCUGGGGUUUAAAUCAGCUACAGGUGAAAAAAAAUAAAAAAUAAAAUGGGGCUGAGCAGUUUGUGUAGUGAUGGCUGAAUGUAAAAGUAACUUAAAGACUACUUCUGUCUGCUCAUGAGCUCUUUUCCAAUUGGAUCGCUUUCACUGCACAGUUCUCCAUUUGAUCUUGUCUUAGUGUCACAUUCAACGGGUUUCUUUUGUACACUAUGGAAGUAUCGACAAUAAAUGUUUUUAACUUGUUGGCUCAA